CAUGCCCAUGCGAGAAGAUUUAAUUCUUCGCUAGCGAUCCGACGGAGUGGACGCGCCCGCAUUUGCUUGCGCCCUUUCGCGUUCGGGGUGAGUUCGACAGAAUUUGUGAAGCCGCGAUCGUGUGGUUGUGUUUGUUUUAGAGUGACAUUUUAAAUUUAAUACAACAAAACCGUUAAAUCGUGUGAAGAUUUUCGAUUCAAAAUGUGUAAAACUUGGUGCAUUGUGGCGCUGUACGUGCUGGGCAGUGUCACGGCAGGCCCCGCAAUCGAUCAAGUAGAUCGCUACGAGCUAGCUCAACCGCUGGUUCAGCGGUUGACCCGUUUCGCGAGCCAACCGAACCUGGAGGACGCACUCGACUACAGUGAGACAAUAUUUGAAAAAUCCAAACGUCUGGAAGGUUCACUAGCGGCCGGUACGCGUGGAAAGGUCGUCAAGGGUGGCUCCACGUACGCACAGAUCCUUGAUGGGUAUCCGACCCCAAGCACCCAGCAGCAAGAUCUGCUUGCCCGCAAGGUACUACGAGCGUCCUCAUUCUUUGUGAACCGUUUCUGCAUCCCGAAUGGUGUGUCUUCCUACGAGUGUGGCCUGUAUCUCAGCGGUACGCCGAUUCCUGCCUCGACCGUGAUCGGCGAUCAAUGUCAGAGUUUGAUCGCGGCGAAGGAAUACAACGAUGAGUACCGUCGGCUGUUGCCAGCGCUAUACGACGAUGGGGUGUACGCGUUCCGUCGUAGUACGACCGGUGGAGAGUUACCGCACGCCCGGGAGGUUUCUAGCCGAUUCCAUACCGCCUGGAAUAGGGAGGAACCGCUGGACAGUGCGCGUUCGGUUGCGCUCGUCCAGUGGACUCAGUUCAUCGAGCACGAUCUCGCCAAAACGACCGUCCAGACGAUGCACGACGGCACGGACAUUGAGUGUUGUACGAGCGAUCAUGGACAGCUGCUACCCCGCUAUCGCCAUCCGUCCUGCAAACCGAUGCAGGUGCGCGAGGACGACCCGUACUAUCGGACGUACCGAGCAACGUGUCUGAGCUACGUUCGCAGCGCACUAUCGCUCGGUGGGCACGGUUGUCAUCUUGGGCCGGCAAACCAGCUCAACCAGGCCACCAAACGGUUAGAUCUGUCGCAACUGUACGGCAGUCUGGCGAACGACACGCAGCAGCUCCGUACCGGGAAAGGUGGACGACUACAGGCGCAGCUGUACGACUCGGCCGAAUAUCUGCAGGAGACGGCAAACGGGCGAUUUUGUGCGGCCGAUUCCAAUCUCGAAACCGUCUGCUAUGAUUCGGGCGACACGCGCGUUAACGUGAACCCGUACAUAACGCUGCUCCACACACUGUUCCUCAGAUCCCACAAUCGUCUGGCCAAACAUUUGGCCCUGGUGCAGCCGAGCUGGACGGAUGAGCAGCUAUUCGGCGUGGCACGCACAGUAAACACCAAACUCUACCAAAAGAUCGUCCGGGAGUGGUUGACGGUGGUGGCAGGCGGACGGGCAACUGGCGACCCGCCGUCAACCUCCGCACAUGAUGCUCGCGUCAGUAACGAGUUCGCAACGGCUGCCAUUCGCUUCUACACCACGAUGAUGCCGGGUGAAAUCUCCAACGCGCUCAGCUCGUACGAUCUGGAGCAUCUCUUCUAUCGGCCGAAGGAUCUGCGCAAACGGGACUAUUUCGCUCAUCUGGUCGGUUCCGUGCUUGGCCAGAACGCGAUGUCACUCGAUACGGCGUACGUGGACGAUAUGGCACAUCUGCUGUUCGGUGUGCGCAACGUUGGGCUGGAUGUGCUCGCGCUGGACAUUCAACGCGGCCGUGAUCAUGGGCUCGCCCGCUACACGGACUACUACACGCUGUGCAACGGCACCCCGGUCACCGGGUGGUCCGACCUCGAACGCGUGCUGAAACCGAACGAUUUGCACAUUAUACGCGCAUCGUACGCAACCGUCCACGAUGUGGACCUGAUCGUCGGUGCUAUCGCUGAAUGGCCGGCGCCGGGUGCUACCGUCGGUCCGACAUUAUCCUGUUUGAUCCGUGAACAGAUCGAUAACUCAUUGCAGGCGGAUCAGGAACAAACCAACCGACCGUUGAUACGGCCACAGCAGCUGGACACGGUGUUGGCGGAGUACAGUGCGGCAAGGUUUAUGUGUGAUACGGCCCAGGUCGAUCGGGUUCAACGUGAUAUUUUCCGCGUCCCAUCGGUCGAUAACCCACAGAUCCGUUGCGAUCAGUUGCCAGCGCUUGAUCUUGCACGACUCGUUUAGAGUCGAUCGCGUGCGCCCGCGUUUACUGCUGCUCCUUUCGAAAGGCCCAUUCCACAGCCGGUUUCAAGCGAUGCACGGUGUGCACGUCCGGUUCUAGGGCAGUGUGGAAAAUGAGAAAAAAAAAACGCAUAAAAACCGUCCGGUGGGGCAACCUUUAGCCACCCGUUAACGAUGGAGAAAGGUCAAACCAGGGCGGCGUGUUCGUGAAGGAAGUGACUAGUUUGGGAGGACAAUUAAUCAUGGCUCAUGUACGCUUUCAGUGCUCUCUCCCACGUACCCCCACAUUCCUCAUCCACAUCCUCUCGAGCGUUUCAUCGCUGCUGUCUCUCUUCGCGAUAACAUUUUACAUGUGUAGGACGACCCUUUUAGUCAUGUAAGCAAACCGUUUCUGUGACUCAUAUGUUAAGUGGCAAAUAAAUGAUUAGAAACUUACCUUGU